AUGCCUAAAAUCAAUGUCAAGCAAAAAGCCCGCCAGAAAUUCAAGCCGACUUCACGUUCGCCGUUCGAGAAUGCUAGGGCUACUCAAGAAGACAGCGACGUGGAAAUGAACAACAACAUGAGCGACAGCUCUGAUGAUAUUCCUGAAAAAGACGAAGCGGAGAAGAAAUUGGAAAAGCUGCUAUUUGGCGACGAUGAGGGUUUUCAAGGCGCGUUAAAGAACCAAAAGGAUCGCAGCCUCAUGGCUUUAUCGCAAGAAAGCGACGAUGAAGGCUCUGACGCAGAUCAUGGGGAGAAUAGUGGUGAAGAUCAAGGACUUGAUGGCAUUGCUGAUGCUGAUCUUUUUUUCCUUGAUUCUGGAGCUGGGCCCGUUUCCACUGACCUUGCCGAAUCCCCGGAAACACCUUCCGAAGCUGAGGAAGAAGAUCUGGAAACCCCGGCUGUAUGGCAUGAUAGCGACGAUGAACUCCUAGCCAUCUCCCUAGCCAGCCAGCAGAGGUUGAGAAAGCUACGUGUCGCCGAGUCUGAGGACGUGAUUAGUGGCAAUGAGUAUAUUCGACGACUUCGCCGCCAUUAUCAGCAGCUGCAUCCUACACCGGAAUGGGCGAUUCCGGGACAACAACAGAGCCGUGGCGAUUCUGACUCUGAACACGCGGACGCCAUGGAUACAGAUGAUGAAGAGCAGGCAUAUGCGCAGCCUUUGGCCAAGCUACUUCAAGGUGCCACUGACCUUACCAAGCUCGAGGAUGCAGGUCCAGGUGGAAAGAGAAAGCUAAGACAGGAGGUUAUCGACAUUCAAAGACUGAAGGAUGUCGGGGGGGAUCAGCCAUCAUCGGUCGAUUCGCUUUCUUUCCAUCCCCAUUAUCCAUUGCUAUUGUCCUCGGGACCUGCGGCCACUCUAUUCUUACAUCAUAUCGCACCCUCCGCGGCCGCCCCUAACCCUCUUCUUACGUCAUUUCAUAUUCGCCGUACACCUAUUCACACAUCUGCUUUCGCUCCCCCAAUCGGUAACAAGAUAUUUGCUUCCGGUCGUCGGCGGUACUUCCAUAUAUGGGACCUUGACACAGGAAAGGUUGACAAGGUAAAUGGCUCCGCCGACAGAAAAGAGGAACAGAAGUCCAUGGAAAGAUUUAAGCUCUCUCCUUGCGGACGGUACGUGGGGCUUGUCGGCACGUCGCGUAAGGGCGGUGGUCUCAUCAACGUUCUAAAUUCGGGUACGGCGCAAUGGAUUGCACAAGUUCGCGUGGAUGGUCAAGGAGGCGUUGCGGACUUUGCCUGGUGGGGUGAUGGUGAAGGCAUGACAGUCGUCAGUAAGAACGGUGAAGUAUCCGAAUGGGAUGGAAGUUUGAAUCAAGUGGUGGCCCGCUGGAUGGAUGCCGGUGCGGUAGGCACGACAGUCCUUGCUCUUGGGGGACGUUCCGGACGGACACAGUUGGGAGGCGACCGUUGGAUUGCAAUCGGUAGCUCUAGUGGGGUGGUUAACGUCUAUGAUCGUCGUGAAUGGGCUGCAGCAUAUGCAGCACAAUCUUCUUCGGCAGAUAAUAACACUCCAGCUAUUCCACGCAACCCUGAACCCGUACGUGCGCUUGACCAGCUGACGACGCCGAUCAGCCACCUGGUGUUUGCUCCAGAUGGUCAGUUCUUUGUAAUGGCUAGUCGCUGGAAGCGCGAUGCCCUGAGAAUAGUUCAUCUUCCAUCCUGCACUGUAUACCGUAACUGGCCCACGUCUAACACCCCUCUUGGGCGUAUUUCCUCGGUCGCUAUCUCGCCCAAUUCAGGACAGUUGGCCGUCGGCAACGAGCAGGGGCGCAUUAGGCUUUGGGAAAUCCGGGGAUAG